GUAUAUGAAACACGACUCCGCUCUAACAGGGAGUAUUGAUUGCGGCCGCCACGAAUCCCCCAAAACAUUCGCCUGUAUAAUUUCAACUUUAGGGCCGAGUAACAACACAACAUAAUUAGUUUGUUUAUCGCGUAACCAAGCGCCCAUCUCUCAACGGUUUCACCUGAGUAUAGAUUUCAAUCUAAUCUAUUCAGUUUCGAGUUUAGUUCGGGCAGCGACACCCUUUAACCCGGCCUAAAUGGCCCUUCACUUAAAACUGAUUUAUAAAAUAUAUGCAGUGUAUUACAUUUAAUAAUAUAUUAUAAGCAUUUGGUAAGCGAUCGCAGCAUGGAUGGACCGACACAAAAAUGGACUUUGACGGCAGGAUAGGCAAUAGUGGAAACUUAGACACAGUAAGGGCACUUCAUCAAACUAUAGUUGCUUUAAGGGAAGCUUUGGAGCAAAGUAAAAGUGAAAUCUUAGAGCUGAAAGCCAAAGCUUGGCCGAUAGAGUCAGUCCAAGAAGUGAUCGAGACUUUGAGUAUUGAAAACCACGUGCUCAGGCAGCAAAUCAUCAAGAGCUCACCUCACGAGCAACAGAAAAAAGAGGCAUCAGCUGAUCAGAACAGCGGUGAUGAAACUAAGCUUAAGUUAGAGAAGGAGUCAAGUGAUUUUGAUUUUAAAGAAUACGAUAAGAGGGUACGGUUUUCUGAACCUGCGGUAAGCUUGGAAAAGGAGGAAAAUGAUGGCUUAAGCUCGAAUUCAUCAAGAGAUUUUAAACAGCAAAUACGCAAAGAUGAUGCCACUUGCGCACUUGCACUAGAAGAUAACAUAAAAACAAUAGACAAAGAAACAAAAGAGGCAGAACCAAUAUCAAACCUUAUUGACACCACUGGAGAAUCUUCAACCACCAAAAAACAAAAGUCUGAGAACUUUGAAGAAGCAAAACUCGAAACUGAACCUUCAUUAGCUGCCAAAAAGACUACGCCAAAGCCAACUGAAAACCCAACACCCAGUAUUCCAAAGAAGAGCCACUACCAGUUAGAGACUAGAAUUACAGUCAAAGCUACACAACAUUGCAAGUCCACAUCUAAGUCUCUAGAAAGCCUUACCGUAGUAAAAAGUCCCUUAAAUAAGAAUUUAAAAUACUCAAAGACCUUCAGCUUAUCUGAUUUAUCAGUAAAUAGGGAAUUUAUUUUUGAAGAAGCUAAUGAUAAAGCAAUGAGUGUGUCCCAGGAAAAUUCUGAGGAGGAGGGUCAGAAUAGAUUUGAGGAACAGGUUCUGAGCCCUCAUAACGAUUUGGAUCAAGAAGUGGAUGAUAUCGAGCUUAUAUUCACUACUGAUGACACUAAAGAUCAAGAGUUUAGGGAAGAGUUGGUGCCUAUAGACCUAAGGGAGUCUAACUCUAAUCUUCUAAACCUGCCUUUAAGUGAUUUAGAUGGUAUAUCUGAUAGGGAGCUGGAUGAUGACGUAUUCCAUGAUGAUAUCACUCCAGAUGCAGCGAUAAAUAGACAAUCUUCUUUUGAAAUGAAAAGGGAUAAUUCAAUUUUUAAUUCGCGUUCGGAUAAUUCUAUAAACCACGAAAAAAGCUUAAAAAGUUACUACUCGUAUCAGGAUUCCAGUUUUGAAAAUAAAAGCUUGGAAAAGGACGAGAGCUUUGAUCGAUUUGAAGAGAGAGUGCGAAUUGUUGAAACUGAUAUAAGCAAAUGUGGCAUUCACGAAGUAGAGUAUGCUGGAACCAGACGGAACACUUGCCCGAAUCCUCUUCAGUACAGACCUUUAUCACAUAGAGAUGCCAUAUCAAAAGGCUUUAGUCAAAGAAAAUGCAGGCCCAUACUUACGCAUUCUAAUGCUCCUAGAAGAGAAUCAGGAGCUCAAACAGAAAUAUCGGCUCUACCAGGUUCAUCUUGGAGAUCAGAAAGUAGCUUAGGAAAUCAGGCUAAAAUAGGUGAUAAUUUUACGAUUCUUCCUACAAAACACCCGUUACCUGGCCCCAGACUCAAGUUAUCAGAUAAAACCUUAGAAGCUCGACGAGUUCUCUUAUCAGAUAUAGGCUUCACAAGUAUGGUGCCAGAGCUUUCUAGGUCUGCAGAUCAUUUAUGCCCUAAUGCAUUGAGGCCACCCACAGUAACACAAUAUGGACAAUUCUUAAAGGCUACUGAUUUAUACUCACCAGGAUGUUUAUCUCAAAAAUUUACUUGGACUGCUACCACAGCAACUCCAAGUGAAAGCAGUAGAACUCCAUCAAGGUAUAGCAGUAUUUAUCCUCUUUCACCCCCGAUACCUUCUAGAAGAUGCUCCGCUCCAGUGUCGCCCUCUAGGAGGGCUAUGUUGAAAUGUACGCCUUCACGAGUACGUUUCGCAAACGGUUCCCUACCUGAACUCAGAACGGAGUGGACUACAAUGGAUAGCGGUGAUAGCACAGACUCUUUGGUAGAAGAAGCCGAAAAUUACUUGAGAAGAUCCAUAGACUGCAUUACUAAUAAGGAGACUUCAAGUUACGGUGAGACUCGUCGCUUUGUUCCGCGCCGAGCUUCUGCUCCAGAACCGGCGCGCGACAACGUCCCACCCCAAGGUUGGCAACCAUUCUUACCCAGAUUACCACGGGAUCUUAAGCCAGAAAACUGGGUUAAAGUGAUCACUCCCGAAGGAAAAGUUAAGGGAGGCAGAGUCAGAUACGUCGGUCCUAUAGUAACGCAUGGUCAAGAACAUUUCGUUGGCGUGCAGUUGACAUGCCCGGAGGGCAUUAGUGAUGGGACUUAUGGUAACAGGAGAUAUUUUCAAUGUGAACCAUACCAUGGAAUCUUUGUACCGUUCAAAAAAGUGAUAAUGGGCUGGAGACCAUAAUACCUUAGGACCUUGAAGCCAAAUGUAAAACUUGUUAAAUCCCAUGUAUAAAAAGGAAUACUCUCUUCGG